AUGAAAAAUAAGUGGGAUUCAUUUAAAAAUGAUUGGAAAUUGUGGAGUUCACUUUUGCAUAAGGAAACUGGUAUUGGAUGGGAUCCGGCUAGAAAAACUGUCGACGCAUCUGCUGAAUGGUGGGAAUCCAAAUUUCAGAUCAAUCCAGAGUAUUGCAAGUUUCGGGAGGUGGGAAUUAGUCCUGAAAUGAUGGCUGUUUAUGACAACAUGUUCAGGGGUAGCACAGCUCUAGGUCAUUUUGUCAUGAUUCCCUCAGCUACUAUAGAUAUUGAAGAGGUUGUGGAGGAUUCAGAGCAUAAUUUAAUUUCUGGAGAUGUUGAAGAGGAUUCUGACCAGGAUAAUGAACAUAGAGGCAAAAAGAGAACAAAUUUGGAGCACCAAACAGAGGCUGAUAAACAAAAAAAAGGAAAAGGAGUUAUGGGAGGGCCAAAGGGGAAGGCUGAAAAGGUGGGAGGUGCGGCGAAAUUGUCUAAACAAAUCGAUCAUCUUGUUGAUGUAGUUGAGAGUAGGAGUACAGCCACAUCUGUACAUGAUAAUGGUACCUCACAAGGAACUAGUAUUAAAGAGGUGAUGAGAGUUGUUGCAACAUUACCAGGAGCAGAAACCGGUACGAAGCUAUGGUGGUUUGCAACGGAGUUGUUCUGCUCUCAGGAGAAGCGAGAGAUGUUUUCUAUUAGAGUUUAA